AUUUUGCGUCACCUAUGACAACACACCGGAAUAAGGAAGACCAUUUAUUUAUUCUAAAUACAAAAUAUCUAGUGCGUAGCUACGUGUAUGCAUAGCAACAAAUCCAUCUCCAGCUACUUUUACAACAGCUGCUGCAGGUGAUCUGCAGCGGGGAGGAGAUGUGGACCGGCCGGGGAGGGAGCAGCACCUUCGUGGUGCCCGCAGUACUGACCUUCUUCCUGCUGGAUGCUGUUGCUUAUGUUCAGGCCAAGAACUUUGAGGAUGUCCGUUGCAAGUGCAUCUGCCCGCCAUACCGGAACAUCACUGGCCACAUAUAUAACAGAAAUGUGUCUCAGAAGGAUUGUAACUGCCUCCAUGUAGUGGAGCCCAUGCCGGUGCCUGGCCAUGACGUGGAGGCGUACUGCCUGUUGUGUGAGUGCAAGUACGAGGAACGAAGCAGCAACACCAUCAAGGUAACCAUCAUCAUUUACCUGUCUGUGGUGGGUGCUCUGCUGCUCUACAUGCUGUUCCUUCUGUUGGUCGAUCCUCUUAUUCGCAAACAUGACGCCUACACCCAGCCACUGCACAACGAGGAGGACUCUGAGGAGAUGCGUCCCCCGGUGGACAGUGCCCAGGCCAAAGGAAACACAGUGCUGGAGCGGGUUGAGGGAGCACAGCAACGCUGGAAAAAGCAGGUCCAGGAACAGCGCAAGACAGUUUUUGACCGUCACAAGAUGCUUAGUUAAACAUACAGCUGACAUUGAAGCAGCUUUAGAAUAGUAACCACCCUGGGCUUCUACACCGUCACCAGCGGCACCCCAUGGAGUAUUUCCUCACUGAGACACAUUGCAACACACUGAUCUAACAAGCAGAUGUUUUUUUAUGUAUUAUAUGUAACAUUUUAAGCUAAAGUGCCGUUCUUAAAAAAACUGCAUGUUUGCUAACAGUUAACGGCUAGAAACCAUCUCAAUCAUUUAGCAAUUUGCGAUGCAACAGAGUUUUAAUGUCUUGAUAAAGUAAGAACCUGUUUUCUCUAAUAGACCACACUGAGCUGUUAAGCUUCUUUGUGAUCAUUGCUUUGUUAGUUUCUUGCUAAUUUGAUAUAAUAUUGAGCUGUUUUUAUUUUAGCAAAAUGUAUGAAGUUACCUCAGAACAGGUAAGCUCGAUGUGAAUAAGUUGGGGUUAAUUAAGCUAUUUGAGAACCCUCCCUUUGCUUUUGUCAAACAUUGCACUUUUCCUAUUUUAGCACUUGUUAUAAUUUAUUCAUGGUAAUUAUUAUUAUUUGUAUUUAUUUGUCACUGUUGCAGUGCAUAGUAACCUGGCCAUAUUUACUAUCAUUUGCAAUCAGAGUAAUAAAUGGAUUGUAAAUGAUGGGCUUUGUACUUUUAAAGCUUUGACGUUGCUACUUUUAAGAGAGCCCUAUGUUCCUUUUCCUGUUUCUCUCCCUGCGCGGUCAAAUGUGUUACGGCCAAUUCCAGUGCUAAACAUGCCUCUUAAAUGUCCAUUUACAGCUUGUAGAACACAACAGAUGGUAAAGCUUACCCACACAUCUUGGCGGGUGUAUCUUCCACCUACUAUUUGUUAAUCUUGAAUGUACCAUUUAAAUUCAGUAAAGGAAGCACAUAGCUCCUUCUUUUCCUGUAUUUUGCUGCAGAAGAUUAACAUACUUUCCCAUUCAAAGAGAGACACGGAGAACGGAGCAUUUUAAAGAGCUUUAAAGCCAUCCUUGGUGGGAAAAAAAGUCACUGGAGAAUGUCCUAGAUCUGCAAAGCUGCUGAUAAUGUGGAUCAGUGAAUUCCCCUUUCAUCAUUCCACUGAAGCCCCCUGUCGGGGGCAUUUUAAUACUGCACACUGACCUGCAUUAACCUCUCGCAAAAUGUGAACUGCGGAAGUUUAUUUUGAGUGUUUUUUUUGGAUUGACUGAUUAAAUUAUAACUUCAUAUCACUGGUAUCAGUGUUUUGUGUUAUAUUUAUCUCCAACCUAACGGGACGUAUUGCACUGCUCAUGUUUACCUUUAGCCUUAUGUAAGGUAUUAAAUAAAUACAAAUAUAUAUAUAUAUA